AUGGCAAGGAAAGCUAAGCGUCAAAGGGGAUUGAGGACAGCAGGAGAAUAUGGCCCGCUGAAUCAACUAGGCAAGGCUCAUGUGGGCUUACAGACACAGAUGUGGCAAGCCUGGGGCCUGCUUGGGUCUGCACCAGGUCUGCCUCACCCUGGGCCAGGUGACAAGCCUUGUGUUGUCUUCAGGAUUGCACUACAGCUGCUGGUUUAUGCAAAGUAUUCACCUGCCCUGCCAAGAGGACUGGACUGCAGCUGCAGGUUUGUGUAUGAUGCUGGAGAUAACGGUACUAUAACUGCUGGUUCAUAUUUGGUGUUUGUUUGCUAUGGGACUGAACUGCUGACAAAGAAUAUUAAACUCACCCCCUCCAAAGAAUUAUUGCUAAACAGGAUGGCUGUUUUCUCUCUCCACCAGCCAAGCAAGAUGCCCAAAGGAAAGAAUGCGAAGGGGAAGAAGGUGGCCCCGGCCCCCGCCGUCGUCAAGAAACAGGAGGCCAAGAAGGUGGUCAAUCCUUUGUUUGAGAAGAGGCCCAAGAACUUCGGCAUUGGGCAGGACAUCCAGCCCAAAAGAGAUCUAACACGCUUCGUCAAAUGGCCUCGCUAUAUCAGGCAGCAGCGGCAAAGAGCCAUCCUCUAUAAGCGUCUCAAAGUACCUCCUACCAUUAACAGUUCACCCAGGCCCUGGACAGGUAAACAGCAACUCAGCUGCUUAAGCUUGCCAACAAGUACAAGCCAGAGACAAAGCAAGAUAAGAAGCAAAGGCUACUGGCCCGUGCUGAGAAGAAAGCUGCUGGCAAAGGGGACGUCCCAACUAAGAGACCACCCGUCCUCCGAGCAGGAGUCAAUACAGUUACCACCUUGGUGGAAAAUAAGAAGGCUCAUGAUGUAG